AUGCGCUCGAUGAAAGCGAAGCAUCGGCUCGUCCGACCCCUCCCUCGUCUGCUCUCCUCUGCGGUCGGCCAGUCGAUCCCAGCCUCGAGCCAAAUUACUCCCAUCACCUCCCUCCUGAUCGCCAACCGCGGCGAGAUUGCCCUGCGAAUCCACAAAACAGCAGACAGACUCGGCAUCCGGACGACGACCUUGUACACGGAUCCCGACAGCUCCAGCCAGCACGCUGCCUGUUCCCCGCAUUCCCUUGCUCUAGGUGAGCCGAGGGCCUACCUCGACGGCGAGCGCAUCAUCUCCCUGGCCAAGAAACACGGCAUCCAGGCCUUGCAUCCCGGAUACGGAUUUCUGUCCGAAAACUCCAGAUUUGCAGAACGAUGCGAGCAGGAGGGCAUUGUCUUCGUUGGCCCGCCGGCCCAGGCCAUGGCGGAUAUGGGUGAUAAAGCGCGGAGCAAGGAGAUCAUGACAGCAGCAGGUGUUCCUUGCGUGCCCGGAUACCAUGGCUCGGAGCAGGGAGAAGAUCAGCUUUUACAGCAUGCCAAGAACAUCAAGUUCCCUGUACUGCUGAAGAGUGUCAAGGGCGGUGGGGGCAAGGGUAUGCGCAUCGUCCUAACCGAAGACGAGUUUGCUGCCCAGCUUCGCAGUGCCAGAGCUGAGGCACGGGCAUCCUUCGGUGAAGGCGGCGAGGUCAUGCUGGUCGAGAAGUACAUUGUGCGACCCCGCCAUGUCGAGGUGCAGGUGUUUGCCGACAAGCUGGGCAACUGUGUUGCCUUGGGAGAGCGCGAUUGUAGUGUUCAGAGACGACACCAGAAGAUCCUCGAGGAAUCUCCCGCGCCAGAUCUGGAUGACGCGACGCGCCUGGACCUGUGGGAGAAGGCAAGGAAAGCUGCCCUGGCGGUCAACUAUGUUGGCGCCGGCACCGUCGAGUUCAUUUUGGACCGAGACUCCGGUGAAUUCUAUUUCAUGGAGAUGAACACACGUCUUCAGGUCGAGCAUCCUGUUAGCGAGAUGGUUACUGGUACCGAUCUUGUUGAGUGGCAGUUCCGCGUCGCCGCCGGCGAGAAGUUGCCCCUGACACAGGAAGAAAUUAUGGAAAAUAUCAAGCAACACGGUGCCGCCAUUGAGGCUCGCAUCUAUGCCGAGAACCCCGAGAAAGGAUUUAUGCCCGACUCUGGAAAUUUGAUUCACCUCACAACACCCAAGACGAGCGAGGACAUCCGCAUCGAUGCUGGAUUUGUCCAGGGAGACACCGUUUCGGAGGCUUACGAUGGCAUGAUUGCCAAACUUAUCGUGCGGGGCAAGGACAGAGAGACCGCCAUUCGCCGCAUGGAGCUCGCUCUCCGUGACUACGAGGUUGUUGGCCUUAGCACAAACAUCGAGUUUCUCAAGCGGCUAUGUAGAUCGCCGGCCUUCAUUGAGGGGGAUGUUGAGACAGGGUUUAUCGAGAAGUGGAAAGAUGAGCUCUUCAAGCCUAGGCCGAUCGAGAAUGAGGUAUUUGUUCAGGCUGCCCUAGGUUCCCUCUCGUCACAGCUUGUGAACGAGGGGCCGCACGGCGGUAGUCUGGGCUUCGGGGAAGCAAGCACAUUAGGAGAGCGCAAGCUUGCUUUCAAGGUCCUUGAUUCAUACAGCGAGCAGGAGGGGGAGAUUGUCGACGUAAGCAUCACACAAACAGCGCAUCAGUUAUUCACCGCGCGAGUUUCAAGAAAGGGAGUAGAGACGCCAGAGGUUUUUGAGAACCUUGUCAGCAAAACCCUCUCAAACACACCAACAACAAGCGCAUUAACGACGUAUUUUCCUGCGGAGCGAGUCAAGUCUACUGUUGUGCAGAAUUCGCAAAGCGAACAAGAUACCAAGAUUGUGGUGUUUCAACACGGCGUGAAGACGGAGCUCGCCCUCAUGCCACCAGCCUGGUUUGAGAAGGCCCUUGGACUCAAGGAGAUUACUGCAUCUGUGGUAGCACCGAUGCCCUGCAAGAUCCUGAAGAACGAGGUUGAGGAGGGCCAGAAGGUUGUCAAGGGAGCCCCAUUGGUAGUUAUUGAGUCAAUGAAAAUGGAGACGGUCAUUCGAUCACCUCAAAAUGGCGUGGUGAAGAAGUUGGCGCAUAAGGAAGGUGAUAUCUGCAAAGCUGGAACAGUUCUGGUUCAAUUCGAGGAGGAAGCCAAAGAGACGUCUUGA